AUGUACAGUCGUGGGUUUGAGGAUUGGCACGCCAGCAGUCGUCGCGAGAACGGCGAUGCCGGCGCCAGCGUCAUUGCUCUUGCCGACCUGGCCCGCAUCCGUGUGUGGACCCGCCGCGACCCCAGCUAUCGCAGUGAAAGCGGCAGCGAUGCUUGCUCUGUGCGCAGCAACAGCAUCAGCGAUCUGGCCAUCUCCGUGGAUGACGAUGCCGCUCUUCGCGAGGCCCGCCUUUCCCUGUCGGAGAGCCAAGAGCAAGCCAUCAUCCUGACGACGACCCAAACAGUAAACGAGCACCGACCACGACCGCGCGCCCUCUCGAUCAAUCGCAAGUCGCCGCCGCCCCAUCCCACCUUUUUGAGCCGACGCUCCUCACUCCGCAACAGGCGCCCAUCAUUGCCCAGCGCGCCCCCGUGCCAUGUACAGCGUCGAUCAAUACGCGUCCUGCCCGCCUUGCCGAACAUUUCGGCUUUUUGA